AUGAUUUUAAAAAAGAUUGAUAUAUUUUCAAAACCAUUCCUAUUCAACAUAGGUAAUGGUUAACUAAAAUAAAAGACCAUAUUAGGAUCAUUUUUUUCAAUUAUAACUAUUGUUACUUGCAUAUCUUAUUUAAUUUUCUUACUACAAUAGUAUUUAAAUAAUGGAAUUAAUCCUAAUUUUAACUCAUAAGUUAUAGUAUCGCCUGAGCCUGUUAGCAUAACUUUAACUGAGGAUUUGUUAGCAUUUAGAUAUGAACGCAAGAGUAUAAAUAUUGAAUAGUAUUAAGCUUAAUAAAAUAAAACAUAUUUGGUUAUUAAAGUUUAUUUUUAAUUUGUUAAUGAAACCUAAAAUUAAGUUAUCCCUCUUAAUUUUUAUUAAUGUUAAAAUGCUAAUCUUGUUGGCUACAACUGCAUCGAUUUUUCUAGUUUAUAAGAUUAAUUAGUAUUAACUGCUGAUACUAAUAAUACUGUUUACACUUAACUCUUUUUCGGAGUAUAUGGUUGUUAUGACAUAGACACAAUCAAAACUACAAUCCCUGAUAACUGUGCCAGCUAAAAUGAUAUUGAAGACCUGAUUAAUUCAGAUAACACUGCCUUUACUAUAAAGUAUUUUUCUUAAUAGUUCUAAAUAUAGAACAAAAAAAUAUAAUCUAACUAUUACUAAGCAAUCUUUAAUGGAGUAGGAAAUUCGGUAACAACUGAAGAUAUUUUACUUUAGAAAUAAAUUACUCAAUUAAAAGAUGGAUUAAUAUUUCAAACAACUUCUACUUUUUCUUCACUUUUGCCAUCAAGCUUAAACACUUCAGCAGUUGAUAGAGAGUAUUCUAUAUAAAAAUUUUAAUAGAGUGGGUAUUUGCAAAUUCAAUUAAGUACAGAUGUUCAAGUAAAGUAUAUUAGCAUCUAAUAUCCUUCAAUAACUUAAAUUUUAGCUCAAGUUAAUAGCUUGUAUUCAUUUUUUGUGAUUUUAGGUCUACUUGCUAAGAAUAUAGCAUAGAAAUUAUUGAAAAAGAAAUUAUUUUUAUUAUUUUUAUAGAACUAGUAUUAGGAAACAUAUGAAAAAAUCAUGCAAUAUAACAAAUUAUUUGAAUAAAAUUAAGGAGUAUACUUUUAAAAAUAAGCAAAUGAUGAGCCUGGUGAUGAAAAAGAAGAUUUUAAAAAUUAAUAAAAUAACAACAUCCCAACAUUUUAGAUAAAAUAAAAAGAAUUUUAAUUUUCUAAAAGUUGCAAUUAAAUCGAAUUAUAAGAAAAUUUUAAAUUAGUAAAUGAAGAUUACUCAUUUUAAACUUUAGAGCGAAGUGAUUUUUAGUAACUAUAACAAUCAAUUGAAUCGUUAUAAAUAAAAAAAUAAUAACCCAAUCAAUCUAUUGUAAACUUAAAGCAAGAUUCCCCACUAUAAAUGCCAAAGAUGGAAAAAAAUUCUUUAUCAAUAAAAAAAAUUAAUUAGCCUUAGCCUUCUAAAGAUUAGACUUCAUAUUAAGGCCAACUAAUAACAAACAAGAAAUUAAACUAUAGAAAAGAUUAACCAUUUCAAAUACAUAAGAGAAAAAAAAGUUAAUUGACCAUAGGAUACAUAAAUGAACCUAAGUCUUAGGGUUUGUAAUAAAAUAAUUUACCAAAUUAAAAUACCAAAAUAUUAAAUAAUUAGUUAACUUAAUAUUAUGUUGAUAAGCUAAAAGCAUUGUAAAAUCCAAAUUCUUUAAGAAUUAUUUAAAAAUUGCUAUUCAAAAUGGGAAAAAAAAGUUAGUAAGAUGAUCUUAACUAUUAGACUAGAAAAAAGCUUGAAGACAAAUUUAAUUCUGAAAUCGAUAUCUUUAAUUUAUAUAAAGACAUCAUAUUUUUAAAAAAAGCUAUAAUGAUUUUGUUAAGCAAAGAUUAACUUGCAGCUUUAUAAUUGGUUGGGUGCUAAAUAGAUUCUUAAGAUCCAUAGAAGCAAGAUAUUAAAUAAGAAUUAAAGAUUCAAAGUAACGUUAGAAAGAAAAAUUAUUAUGAGGAGUAACUCUCUAUUUUAUAAUCUUAGGAACUUUAAUGUAAUGGUUAAAAAAAAUAAAGCACAAUAUUAGGAUCUUUUUUUUCAAUUAUAACUAUUACAACUUGCAUAUCUUACUUGGUUUUCUUAAUACUAGAGUAUAUAAAUAAUCAAAUUGAUCCUAAUUUUAACUCAUAAGUUUUGGUAUCAUCAGAACCUGUUACCAUAACUUUAACUGAAGAUAUGUUUGCAUUUAAAUAUGAAUACUAAAGUAUGAGUAUUGAAUAGUAUUAAGCUUAAUAAAAUAAAACAUAUUUGGUUAUUUAGGCUUAUUUUUAAUUUCAUAAUGGAACCUAAAGUUAAAUUAUUCCUCUUAACUUUUAUUAAUGUUAAAAUGUUAAUCUUAAAGGGUACAACUGCAUAGACUUUACUAGUUUAUAAGAUUAAUUUACAUUAACUUUGGAUAAUAUUAAUUAAAUUUUCAAUUAAAUAGCUAUAGGAGUUUAUGGUUGUUAUGACAUAGACUUAUUCAAAACUACUAUCCCUGAUAACUGUGCAAGCUAAAAUGAUAUUGAAAAUUUGAUUAAUUUUGGGGACUCUUACUUAAUAAUAAAAUAUUUUACUCAAUAGUACUAAAUAUAGCAAAAAAAUAAAUAAACUAACUAUUAAUAAGCUUUCUUAAAUGGAAUAGGAAACUAGAUAUUAUUUUGGCAAAUUUUAAUUUAGAAAUAAAUUACUCAAUUAAAAGAAGGAUUAAUAUUUUAAACAAGUUCUACUUUUUCUUCUCCUUCGUCAUUAGCCCAAUAAUCUUAAGCAGUUGAUAGAUAGUAUUCUAUAUAAAAUUUUUAAAUAAGUGGGUAUUUGCAAAUUCAAUUAUGUGCAGAUGUUCAAAACUAGUAUUAGGAUACCUAUGAGAAAAUCAUGCAAUAUAACAACUUAUUUUAAUAAAAUUAAGGAGUAUAUUUUUAAAAAGAAACAAAUGAUGAACCUGAUGAUGAAUAAGAAGAUUUUAAAAAUACAUAAAAUUACAAUAUCCCACAAUUUUAGACAAAAUUAAAUAGCUUUUAAUUUUGUAAUAGUAUCAAUUAAAUCAAAUUUUAAGAAAAUUUUAAAUUAGAAAAUGAAGAAUAAUCAUUUUAAACUUUAUAAGAGCGAAAUGAUUUUUAGUAACCAUAACUAUCAAUGGAAUCCACUUUAAUUAAAAAAAAAUAAUUAAAUCAAUCUAACACAAACUCCAAACAAGAUUUUUUUAAAGAUUCCCCACUAUAAAUGACAAAUAUGAAAAAAAAUUCAUUAUCAAAAAAUUACUUAAACUAGACUUAGUCUCCUUAAGAUUAGACUUCAUUUCAAGACCAAUUUAUGAAAAACUAGAAAUUAAAUAAUAUAAAAGACUGCCCAAUUCAAAUAUAAAAGAAAAAAAAAAUUCACUUACCAUAGGAUACUUAAAUUAACCUUAGUCUUAGGGUUAGUAAUAAAAUAAUUAACAAAAUUAAAAUAACCAAAAAUAAAAUAAUUAGUUAAUUUAAUAUUACAUUGAUAAGCUAAAAGCUUUGUAAAAUCCAAAUUGGUUAAGAAUAGUUAAAAAAUUACUAUUCAAAAAGGGAAAAAAAAGUUAGUAAGACGAUCUUAAUUAUUAGACUAGAAAAAUGCUUGAACUAUAAUGAUUUUGUUAAGCAAAGAUUAACUGGCAGCUUUAUAAUUGGUUGGGUGCUAAAUAGAUUCUUAUGAUCCAUAGAAGCAAGAAAUUAAAUAAGAAUAAAAGAUAAAAAGUAGUGUUAGAAAGAAAAAUUAUUAUGAGGAGUAACUCUCUAUUUUAUAAUCUUAGGAACUGUAAUGCAAACAUAUAAAAAAUUAUUUACAAAAAUGUAAUAAUAGCAUAAAUUUGAGUGAAAUCGAUUAUAGAAUAAUUUCUUCCAUCAUUAGAAAUAAAAAAUAAUGCUGAUUUUUCUAACUUAGACAGCUAAAUAUUUACAAAUUAUUAUAAUUGAAUAUUGUUUUAUUUAUGAUGAAUUAACGAAUUAAAUUUAUUUAUAAUAAUGUUCAAAGCUCAUAUAUUUAUGAUGAUUUUUAUGUAAAGGCUGCAGA